AUGGUGAACCUGGUAGCAGCGCAGAGGCCAUUGCUGCAUGUGCUGAUGAAGAUGGCCGGGAUCAGACCCUACACGGUGGAGAUUGAGCCCGGGACGUUGAUGAGUUUCUGGGUCCCUUCUGAGACCAUAACGAAGCCCAAGAAAAAGGACGAAAAGCCCAAAAUCGCGGCCAAGCCCAGCAAGCCCACGGUGGUUCUGGUGCACGGUUUCGCCGCGGAAGGAAUCGUGACAUGGCAGUUCCAAGUGGGGGCGUUGACAAAAAAGUACGCUGUUUAUGUUCCUGAUCUUCUCUUCUUCGGAGGGUCGGCCACCGAUAAAGCCGACAGGUCGCCGACGUUUCAAGCGGAGUGCUUGGUGACGGCGUUAAGGAAACUUGGGGUGGAGAAAUGCAUAGUGGUUGGGUUCAGUUAUGGGGGAAUGGUGGCGUUUAAGAUGGCUGAGAUGUACCCUGAAAUGGUUGAAGCCCUGGUUAUUUCUGGGUCCAUUUUAGCCAUGACGGACUCGCUGAGCGCCACCUCGUUGCAAGAGCUUGGGUUCUCUUCUUCUUCGGAGCUCUUGCUGCCAACCUCUGUCAAGGGUCUUAAGACACUCUUGUCCGUCGCUGCUCACAAAAAACUCUGGUUUCCCAACCGUUUGCACAAAGAUUUUCUUGAGGUGAUGUUCACGAAUAGGAAGGAACGAAGUGAACUAUUGGAGGGCUUGGUUAUUAGCAACAAAGAUAUCACCAUCCCCAAAUUUUCUCAGAGAAUACAUCUUUUAUGGGGCGAGAAUGAUCAAAUUUUCAAACUGGAGCUUGCACAAAAUAUGAAAGAACAACUAGGGGAUGACUCAACCUUAGAAAGCAUAAAGAAAGCUGGUCAUCUGGUUCACCUGGAGCGACCCUGUGCCUACAAUAGAUGUCUAAAGCAUUUUAUUGCUUCCUUCUUGGCCUCAAAAUAA